UUUUAAUAACACCCCAUCUUUACUUUUUGAUUUGCUUCUUUUUCCUUUGUAUCAUAAAAUACUGUUACUAUACAGAGGUAAUACAACAGAUAAGCAAUAGUAUAGAAUUUUACAAGUAAAUUUGCCGUGACAGACAAUACAAGUUUUAAUAUGGAGGAGAGCAAUAACAGAAGCCAAUUCAAGAGAAUCUGUGUGUAUUGCGGGAGCAAUCCAGGCCACAGGAAAGUAUUCAGUGAUGCUGCUGUUGAAUUGGGGAAUGAACUGGUGAGAAGAAAGAUAGACUUGGUAUAUGGGGGCGGAAGUGUUGGAUUGAUGGGAUUGAUUUCCCAGAGAGUUUAUGAUGGAGGUUGCCAUGUUCUUGGCAGGGUGAUUCCAAAAGCUCUCGUGCCUAUUGAGAUAUCUGGUGAAACUGUUGGGGAUGUGAGAAUCGCCUCCAACAUGCAUGAGCGCAAAGCUGAAAUGGCUAGACAUGCUGAUGCUUUUAUUGCUCUUCCUGGGGGAUAUGGAACUAUGGAAGAAACACUGGAAAUGAUAACAUGGUCACAACUUGGCAUCCAUAAAAAGCCGGUAGGUUUAAUUAAUGUGGAUGGCUAUUAUAAUUCCUUGCUGGCAUUGUUUGACAAUGGAGUUGAAGAAGGCUUCAUCAAGCCAGGUGCUCGGCACAUAGUCCUCGCUGCUCCUACAGCAGAAGAACUUCUAGACAAAAUGGAGCAAUACACCCCUUCUCAUGAUCAUGUUGCCCCUCAUGAAAGCUGGCAGCUGGAGAAACUGGGUGACUAUCCAAGUGAGCAGAGUCCCCAAUGAAAUCCCUGUUUGUGGUAGGCCUAUGUCAAAAAUAGAUUCCUGAUGUGAUUUGACCAUCAUUUGAGUUUUGUAUGAGAUUCUGGUUCUUUGGGGCCACAUAUAACUAUAAUUACUAGGUGCCCCUUUCAUUUUUUGUGGUUUACAUUUAAUUAGAGUCGGCAUUCCUGAUUUGCACAGCCAAUUCUGGAUUGCAAUGUUAGAAUGCUCAAUCAGUAAACUGUUCAGUAGUGAUGUUGGCUGUUAGCCUUUGCGAUGCACA